GCGGAGCGAGAGAGACACAGAGAGAAGGAGCUAUUGAGAGUGACAACAGGAGUCGUGCCAUUUCCCAUCGCCGGUGUUUAAACUACCCGUCUCUUUCACGCCGGAAAGGAGGAGAAGGCUCGACGUUUCUCGAGUGAUCUUCCACAAGAGAGCCCGGGCCAACUUGUCCGUUGCAAAAGCAUUCGCACGACGACUUCUUCUCCCCAAAAUUGCCCCGUAUCCUUUCCGCUCGGUCGAUGUCGCGCGUCAUAGAGACACGGGCCUUUCGCAGGGCGUCGGCAGCGAGACGCCCCGCUCCCCCGGUGUCCCGCUCGGACCGGAUCCCACCGCCGCCGUCGGCCUCGGAGAUGCACGCCGAAGCGGCCAGGCUGCUGUCCUUCUCCGAGGGGUGGCCCGAGUCGUCCCCCGUGCGGUCCGCGGACUUGGCGCGGGCCGGACUCUACCGCGUGGGUCCCGACGACCUGGUGGCCUGUUUCCGCUGCGGCGGGAUGAUGCAUCGCUGGAAGGCGGGAGACGACCCCGUCCGGGAGCACGCCAGGCACUUCCCCGCCUGUGCUCUCAAGGCUCAACUACCGGGACAGACGCCGCAGAGUACAACUGCGGAGAUUGAGCACGCAUCGCCAUCGGUCGAGGAGCUUCUGGACAAGCGGAAGAGCGGCUGUCCUGCAAAGUGUGCAUGGAGCACGAGGGCGCUCCGGGCCAUCAUGGCUUAG